UAUUAAGUUUAUAACUAAAAGUGUGCUAUUGAUAAUAUUCAGGGAAAUUGUGCUAAUUGAUAUUAUAGUUUCAAAUAAGGUUGAUAUAAUUUUAGUGUGGACAUAUAAUUUAAAGUGGUUUGUGGUAUUGGAUAAUAAUGACGGACUACUAUUGUGCAUAUUGUAGUGAACUAGUGGGUGAUGAUGAUGAGGCUGUGUCCUGUGAUCUUUGUUCAAAAUGGCAGCAUCGCAUAUGCGAUACAGGUAUUACCAAGAGACAUUACAACCAGGCCAUGAGAGGCAAGAAAGAGCUCAUCUUCACGUGCUGCGCAUGUAAGGAGAAUGAGAUGGAAGACAGCGGGGCUGCUCAACAGCCCGAACAGAUGGAAGGUGUUGCCCACUCAACCAUGAUAGAUGCCAGUGAAGAACUCCCGCCACUACCAAGUAUUACAUUCAACUUGGAGUUCAGCCUUGGUACUUUAACCUCCACUGAUACCACUGCAGCGGACACAACAGGGGUUGAGCCGGACGACAACUAUGACAACACCGAGAACACCAACACCGAGAAUGAGCCUGACAACGCCCCCGCUUACUUCGACCUCAGUCGAGAUGGACCAACCCUUGUGCAGGUCAUUGUAGAAGACCCACUACCUGAUGUAUGA